GAAGGCCGGGCUCGGGAAACGGCAGGUACCUUAGGGUACGGCCUCCUCAAAUCGUCGACCGCUCUUCUUGUCAGCUCUUUCGCAUUUUCUUGCAUUCCUCAUCCGUCCUUUCUCCUUCUCCUUUCUAACCCAUCUUCUCAUCUCGCCGCUGAUCUAGUACUGACUCUCUUGAAUCAUUCACCUACCUAAAUCUGCUGCAUUGACUUUGUCUCUCUACUUCCAACCACUCCGUCUACCUCCUCAAGCUCACCGUGAAUAGCGUCCCACCAUCAGCUCGCCACGAUCAGCUGCACUCUACGAUGGAUGCCAGUGACCAGCAGCCCGGCGUCAUAGACGUCCUUCGGGAUAUUCAACGGACGCAAUCGCUCCUCCUCAAUGCCGUCGAGGCCAUGUCUGGCAAACCCGUAGCCGAUGCUCAAGAAGACGGAACCACUGCCUCCACCGUCGUGCCAGUCUCUGGCGUCUUCGAUCCAGACUCCGGUAACGACCGCAGCACGACCGAGUCAACAGUACCAGACAAUGCAAUUGAGGCUGUGGUCACACAGCAAGCGGUGCCCUCGUCCUCUCCGAGCAGCUCCGGUCAACGCGCAGGUUACACCUCUCGCAUCAUUUUGACAACAUACCCCAAGCAGAUCGGAAUCAACCCUCUACCGAUGGAUUGGGGAAACUCGGAUCCGCUGAAACGUGGGCCAAUUGUUGUCUCAAGAGCGCCUUCCACCAUCCGCCGUCGAAAUGCCAUUGGAGCCCAUGGUGGCUCGUAUUCCAUUUAUUAUGCCUUGGCCGUGGCUAGUAAAGAACUCGACAGUGACCACAAACCUGACUUCACCAACACCGAACCAACAGCCCAGGUCGGCCCCUUUCCUCAAUGGGAGGGCCGUGAAAAGAUUGUGGCGAUGGACCCUUGGGGUCACCUUGCUCCCUGGAUCUUCAAAGACAUAAUGGGCCAGGACAAUGUCGAUAUUCGGCCCACGAUUGCCAUAACCAAGGCUCACAUGAAGUUACCCGAACUCGAAGAGAGCGUAAAGGCUGGACGCCUUGUACCUGAUGGCAAGGUGUGCCUGAAUGAACUCGGCGAAGUGGCGGUCACGAAGUUCGCUGUUGAACCUGUUUGGUAUCUUCCUGGCGUUGCGGAAAGAUUUGGGAUCGACGAGGCAUCAUUGAGACGUUCAUUGUUUGAGCAUACUGGCGGAAGCUAUCCGGAGUUGAUCACUCGCGGUGAUAUCAAAGUCUUCUUGCCACCAAUUGGGGGCCUAACGGUUUACUGUUUCGGUGACCCUGCCAAGAUGUCCGAUGAGUCUGCUCGCUUGUCAUUGAGGAUCCACGAUGAGUGCAACGGAAGUGAUGUCUUUGGAUCCGACAUUUGCACCUGUCGCCCUUAUCUGAUUUUCGGUAUUGAGGAGGCUGUCAAGGAAGCCCAAAAUGGCGGAAGUGGUGUCGUCAUUUACUUCCGAAAGGAGGGCCGAGCAUUGGGAGAGGUUACCAAGUACUUGGUCUACAACGCCCGCAAACGUGGGGCCGAUCGAGCUUCGGACUAUUUCAAGCGAACCGAGAACAUCGCAGGUGUCAAGGAUAUGCGAUUCCAGGCUUUGAUGCCAGACAUUCUCCACUGGCUAGGGAUCAAGAAAAUUGACAGAAUGCUGAGCAUGAGCAACAUGAAGCAUGAUGCCAUUGUUGGUCAAGGUAUUCCCAUCCACGAGCGGGUGGAACUUCCGGAAGAAUUGAUUCCCGCCGAUUCCCGAGUUGAGAUUGAUGCCAAGAUCACGGCUGGUUACUUCACAACGGGCAAACGAAUGACGGCCGAGGAACUUCAGGCAGUCCAGGGAAGAAUCUGGGAAGACUUUGACCACUAGCGAAGCCGGCUCUCUGGGGUAGCUGGCGUGGUGGUUGUUGGGUGCGUCAGCAAUGGCCAACGUGCAUGCCGGACUAGCACCCCAAGUGGCUUUGAUUGAUCAGAGUCCAUA